AUGAUCUCAAGAGUAAUUUUAAAAAACAAUACUACCAAUGUUUUAGUUAGAAAUUUCAGAACCAGCACCAUUCAAAUGGCUGCUGAAAAGAAGAAAUUCGAACGUACUAAACCACACGUUAAUGUUGGUACUAUUGGUCACGUCGAUCACGGUAAAACUACUCUUACUGCUGCUAUCACUAAAACUCUUUCAGAUCGUGGUUUAGCCAACUUCAAAUCAUACAAUCAAAUCGAUAAAUCACCAGAAGAAAGAGCUCGUGGUAUUACUAUUACCGCCUCACACAUUGAAUACGAAUCACCAAAUCGUCAUUAUGCCCACAUCGAUUGUCCAGGCCAUCAACAUUACAUUAAAAAUAUGAUUACUGGUGCUGCUCAAAUGGAUGGUGCUAUUUUAGUCGUUUCAGCUCCAGAUGGUCCACAAGAACAAACUCGUGAACACGUUAUUUUAUCACGUGAAGUCGGUAUUCCAGCUAUCAUUGUCUUUUUAAAUAAAAUGGAUAACGCUGAUCCAGAUCUUGUCGAAAUUGUAGAAAUGGAAGUUCGUGAAUUAUUAUCAAAAUAUGGUUUUGAUGGUGAUAAUACUCCAUUUGUUAAAGGUGCUGCUGCCGUCGCUUUAGCUGAAGAUGAUGAUGCUACUGCUACUGAAUAUGGUAGAAAAGCUAUUGAUAGAUUAGUUGAAUUCUUAGAUACUAAAAUCCCAUUACCACAUCGUGCUGUCGAUAAACCAUUCCUUAUGCCAGUUGAAGAAGUUUUCUCAAUUUCAGGUAGAGGUACUGUCGCCACUGGUCGUAUUGAACAAGGUACUGUUAAAGUCGGUGAAGAAAUUUCAAUUAUUGGUAUUAAACCAGUUCCAAAAGUUGCCGUUACUGGUAUUGAAAUGUUUGGUAAAUUAUUAGAUUUCGCUCAAGCUGGUGAAAAUGUUGGUUGUUUAUUAAGAGGCUUAAAACGUGAAGAAGUCUUAAGAGGUGAAGUUCUCUGCAAACCAGGUACAAUCAAAGCUUCAACCAAAUUUGUUGCUAAAACUUAUAUCCUUACUGAAGGUGAAGGUGGUAGAAAGAAAGGUUUCGCCAAUGGUUACAAACCACAAUUCUUUGUCAGAACUUCAAAUGUUACUGGUACCAUUGAAUUACCACCAAACACUGCUAUGGCCAUGCCAGGUGAUAAUUUAGAAUUAACCAUUGAACUCAUUUCACCAACCCCAAUUAAUGAAGGUUUAAGAUUUGCCAUCAGAGAAGGUCAAUUAACUGUUGGUGCUGGUAUCAUUUCAAAGAUAGUAUCAUAA